ACUCGCUCUGCUAGCCGUAGGACAGUCACGAUGAGCGCACCGUACAAGCAGGACCUGCCGCCACAGGGUGGCUUCCCCGCCAUCAAGUACAAACGCAACCUCCCGACCAAGGGCCCCGGCGGUGCCCUCAUCUUUGGCGUCGUCGGCGCCAUCUGCACUUUCGGCUUCUGGCGCGUCGGCCAGGGCAACCUCGAGAAGCGUGAGCUGCAGCGCGAGAGGGCGUGGGCCCGCAUCCACCUCGUCCCGGCUCUCCUCGCCGAGAACGACCGCGACAUCUACCGGAGGGAGCAGGCCGCCCUCGUUCGCGAGAAGGAGAUCAUGAAGGAUGUCAAGGGCUGGGAGGUCGGCGCAAAGGCGUACCACUCGAAGCGGUACACGCCCGCAUCCAUCGUUGUCAUCUAGCCUCGUUCCUCUUCUCUCUCUGCAACACUCGGUCGUCUUCUCUGUUCA